GAUUUCUGUAUGUAUUACAUCUCCUUUUUUCUCUCUUUGCUUUUCUUUCUGCAAAUAUCUUACAUGAAUCCUUGCAUUUAAUUUCUUUAAUAUUAGCAUAAUCUAUAGUUUUACCAUCAAUAUUUGCUUCUUUUAGUUUAAAGCUUCAAUCUUUCUGCCACUUUUAUUAGCUUAAGCUAUAAUUAGCCUUUAUUUUUUGCUAAAUCUUUAAGGGUUAGUUAAAUGGUAAAAAGUGAAGAUGAAAAAAAUGUUGUAAGACCACCCAUAUGGGAGAUCUAUUCAAAUGAAUCACCAAAGGCUAUAGCACAUAAUCUUCUUAGGUCAAACACCUUUUCACCUCCCAUGAAAAGGCAGGUUAGACCAGUAUUUAGCUUGUUAUUGUUAUUUGUUGUUGUCGCAACAUUUGGUUGUAGGGUUGCAGUUAGGAAUGGGUUUGGAUCAGUGUAUUGGGAAAGUGAUUAUUCAGUUGUUGAUGCUAAUAAUAAUAUCCCACCAUUGGAUUUACCUGUUUUUAACUCCACAUUACUUAAAUUGGCUGAAAUUGAAGUGGGUGAGUUUCAAUUAAGGAAGGAAAUUGAACAAUUGAUGGAGGGCAAUUUUGGUAAUAUUGCCCACCUUCGAACCUUCGCCACGUGGCGAAGGUUCUUUAAUAGAGGUGAUAGCCUAGCUCGGACGUCGAGGGGGAUCCCGGUGACUUCUCGGUCACCAGAGUUUUCUAGGGUUUGGUUGAAGUUUAGGAGGUGUUUGGGUGAUUGGUCAAGAAAGAAGAAGUUUUACCCUGAUAUAAUGGAUGAAUUAGUUGAGCUUGUGAAAGUUGGUAUUGAUAAGCAUAAUGGGUUGUCUUUAGGUGCAAAAAAAUACUCAUCUUGUGCUGUGGUUGGAAAUAGUGGGAUUUUAUUGAGUAAAGAUUAUGGGAAAUUGAUUGAUAGUCAUGAAGCUGUAAUUCGGUUGAAUAAUGCUAGGAUUGAAUCUUUUCAAAAGAAUGUGGGUUCUAAAACAAGUAUCUCAUUUGUAAAUAGUAACAUUUUGCAUCUUUGUGCAAGAAGAGGUGAUUGUUUUUGCCACCCAUAUGGUUCUAAUACCCCCAUUGUUAUGUACAUGUGCCAACCCGCGCAAUUCCUAGACUAUGUUGUGUGUAACUCGUCCCAUAAAUCGCCUUUGAUUGUUACCGAUCCUCGGUUUGAUGUGUUGUGUGCUCGGAUUGUGAAGUAUUACUCAUUGAAACGGUUUGCAGAUAGUCCGAACAAGACUCUUGAGCAAUGGAACAAAGCCCAUGACGGUUCUUUGUUCCAUUACUCUUCGGGUAUGCAAGCCGUAAUGCUGGCAUUAGGAGUUUGUGAUAAAGUUAGCCUCUUUGGGUUUGGGAAAUCGACCGGUGCUAAGCAUCAUUACCAUACCAAUCAAAAGGCAGAGCUCACGUUGCACGAUUACUUGGCCGAGUAUGAUUUUUACAGCGAUUUAGUUUCGAGGCCUCGCUCAAUACCAUUCGUUUCCAACAAAUUCAAGUUCCCUCUUGUGGUAAUUCAUCGUUGAUUUGUCUCGUAAAAGUUCUUGUUUUUGUGGAUCGUAUUGAUUGCAGUUUCGUUUUCUCAUACCCAACUCGAUUUGGCUUGAUACCGAAGGUCUAUAAACACGAAAAAUUGCUUAGGGUAAUUGUAAAACUUUGGAUGUAAGUUUGAUCCGAGUUUUUUGUAUUUAUGCUUCCACGGGAGUAUUUGAAAGUGUAUGUAGCUCAUCAAUUGAACACACAUGAUUAUAAUCUCGUUCUUUGGAA